AUGUCCGGGCUCUGUAACGAUGAAAUGAAGAUUGCCUUCUUCUCCAAAGAUGGCACAGUCAAUGCAACAGCAGUGAGCGAUGAGACCCUGACAACCAUUGUGCGAGGAAUCAAACAUGGGAUUCAGCGUUGCAAUGAUCGCGGAAGUGAUGUUGACAUGUUCGUCUGCCUUCAAGGCAACAAGCUCAUUCCCAACCAUGUACCGAUCUCACUGGAAGAAAUUGAUGCAACAAUGGAGUCCUCGUCCAACGGAAACAUGAAAUUCAAAACAGUACAAGGAAAUCAUACUCUUCAUGUCAUCUUUACUGGUGGGGGCUCUCGUUUUUGCAUCCGCCGUGUCGACCGUCAACAACAGCCAAGAGUCCCUUCUCGUCAUGCCCCUGGCAACGAUAACAGAGCCACCAACAGAGCCACCAACAGAGCCACCAACAGAGACACCAACAGAGACACCACUAGUAGGACCCACCAGAGGACCAACAAUGUGGCUCCUCCUCCCCAACGGAGACGCACACCUUCCAGCCGAGCGGCCAACAGCAGCAGCAAUUCAUCUUCAUCUUCGGAGGAGGAGGACAGAGUGGCACCGCUCCCUCGUAGGCGUGUCGUGAAGCGACCAGUGCAGCGGGAUUCUGAUGAUUCCUCCGAGGCUGAAGAAUACAAUGACUUUUCGCAGAUUACAGGGCACAAGCGUCGUGGUUGA